CCUAAUCUAGAGAUUCCAUUAAUUUCUGAGAAAUAAAGUUGUGGGUUGCCCCACUAUCAACCAAAAUCAGAAAAGGAACUUCUUUAAUUUUACCUCUCAAUUUCAAAGUGUGGGCAUGAGUGGACUUAUCCUCCACUAAACUUUGGAAGCUUGAAACACUGUAGUUUCCUUCGAUUGCGUCAUCGUCAGUCUAGUCACCCUCAAGUGUUGAUCUGUCAACCUCUGCUUCAUUCUGUGUAUUGCCCUCUUCCAAUAUCAUUAUUUUUAUCUGCUUAUCUGGACAUACGCGAGAAGGAUGGUAGGGUUCACUACACUUAAACCAUAAUCCUUUCUGCAUUCUAUCAAUUUGCUCUUGAUAGGGUAAAUGUCUUAUGCCUUUAUCACGUGGCCUAUGUUAGGAAUACAAGGUACCCGAGCAACCAAAUACUCAAAACUUUUGAUAUAUUCUUCUUCCUUCCCAAGUUGUUUAAGCACUGUAAGUUGCUCAUAACGACUUCCUUCUCCCCAACCUCCAUAUCUCUCCAGCAGAGCUUCCUUCAAUUGUUUCCAAGACAAAUCUUCACUGUCAUUCACCAAAGAAUUGAAGAAAUGAAUUGUGCCAAACCGACCUUCACCUCUUCAAUGGUUUUCUGGAUUCUGAAAUAAAUUUUAGCUUUAGUAUCCAGCUAAGAGGAUAAUCAUUGUUAAACAAGGGCAACUCGAUGUUCUUGACUGAUUGCCAAAAUUCCUCCAUUGCAUCCCCUGAAGGGGGCACAAUCCAGACCCUAAGACAAUCUUGUUUUCGUUCUUCUUCUUUGAGUCCAUUGAUUUGCCUUCUUCCUCCUUUCUUUUUUGCGACAAGCUAAGGGAGAUCGCCUCCAUCAGCUUCGUUUUUGCCUCUGCCUGGGCCUUAAGCUCCUCAAUCGACUCUCUUAUUUGUGACCCUUCAGCCUUCAACAAGUUCACUUGCGACUCAAUGUUAUCCUCCUCUGCUAAUUCCUUGAUUUGUACGAUGGUUUUCUUCUUCCCCCAUUUUGGCAUCCAUCACUAGCACAAAUUCGACAGGUCAGACCAAAUUGAUGGAUACCAAAAAUACAGAAAUAGAACAAAGCACAAUAGGUGAUAGAAAGGUAUAUGAUAUUAUUGGAAAGAUAGGAAAAACAAAAGGAGUGAGACUCCAAUUCCCAGAGCAAAGCUUCUAUGUAGAGAAAUCAAGAUGAUUAUCUAUACCCAAAACCUUCUCCUCUUCCCCUUCUCUCUCUCUCAACAUCCCCCUAUAAAGAAAUUUCUCUUUCUCUCACCAUAACAACUCCUAACCGCUUCAAGGGACUGACCCUACUACCCUUGCUAGCUCAACAUCCUUGCAUUAUGGCCUCAUCAAACUGGAACUGAGACUUGUUCUUACAGAAGAGAUACUACGUUGCUAUAAAUUAUGCUUAAUUUAUAUAGGUAAUUCAGUUUGAGUUAUCCGGUCACCAAAGUACCUUUUGGUAAUUAUGGUCCUUGGAGUUUUACCGUCUUUAUUAGUUUCAAUUUGUAUUAGAGUAUUUUCUGUUGCUGCUGUCAUCUGCACUAUUCUAGUUCUUCCAGUGAAUUAUUAUGGUCGGGACAGAAAACAUAAGAAUAUACCUUUUGAGUCACUGGAAGUAUUUACUAUUGAGAAUGUUAAAGAAGGAUCCGAGUGGCUUUGGGCUCAUUGUCUCGCAUUAUACAUCAUAACUUUAACAGCUUGUACUCUUCUUUACUUUGAAUACAAAUGCAUUACUAAUUUGCGGCUACUACAUAUUACCUCAUCUCAGCCAAAUCCUAGUCAUUUUGCAAUUCUUGUCAGAGGAAUACCCUGGUCUCCAGAUCAAUCAUACUGCGAAACAGUGAAAAAGUUUUUUUCAUUUUAUCACCCCUCAACAUAUUUGUCGCACCAAAUUGUGUAUAAGUCUGGUUCAGUCCAGAAACUGAAGGAUGAUGCAGAAUAUAUGUGUAAAAUGCUCAGUUCUGGUUGUGGUUCAAUGGAACAGACGUGUAAGCCAAGUUUUGCGCAAUGUUACUUUUGUGGAGGAUCCACUAAUUCUUUUAAGAUUAUUUCUAAUGAAACUGAUAGUAUACACGGAAGAACUGGCUACUCUGACGUGCAUUUAAAUGCAAGAAAAAAGGAAUGUGCAGCUGCCUUUGUGUUCUUUAAAAGCCGUUAUGCUGCUCUUACCGUUGCUCAAAGUCUUCAAACAUCAAAUCCUAUGCUAUGGGUCACAGACCUAGCUCCUGAACCACAGGAUGUUUACUGGUCCAACCUUUGCAUACCAUACAAGCAACUUUGGAUCCGUAAGAUAACUACAUUUGCGGCUUCUGUCACCUUUGUCCUUGUAUUCCUUAUCCCUGUCACAUUCGCCCAAGGAUUGACUCAACUGGACAAGCUUGAGAAAAUGUUCCCUUUUCUCACAGGAAUGCUUCAAAAGAAAUUUGUGAUUCAGCUGGUGACUGGUUACUUACCAAGUGUGAUUUUGGUUUUAUUUUUAUAUGCUGUUCCACCAGUGGUGAUGCUAUUUUCAACAAUGGAGGGAUGUGUUUCUCGUAGUGAAAGGAAGACGAGUGCAUGCUCCAAAUUUUUGUACUUCACAAUUUGGAAUGUUUUUUUUGUUAAUGUUUUUGCCGGGUCUGUUAUCAGCCAACUCGCAGUAUUUAGUAGUCUAACAGAAUUACCUGCCCAACUUGCCAAGGCUGUUCCUGCGCAGGCUACCUACUUCACAACAUAUGUUUUAUCAUCGGGUUGGGCAAGUUUGGCAUUUGAAAUUAUGCAACUCUUUCCGCUUUUUUGCAAUCUGUUCCAAAGAUUCAUACUUGGGUAUAAUGAGGAUACGAUCAAUGGCUUCCUAACUUUUCCAUACCAUACAGAAGUUCCAAGGAUCUUACUGUUUGGAUUCCUUGGGUUCACCUGUUCUAUUCUGGCACCCCUAAUAUUGCCCUUCUUGUUGUUCUACUUUGUACUGGCAUACCUCGUUUACCGAAACCAGAUUCUGAAUGUAUAUAUUAAAAAAUAUGAUAGCGGGGGACAGUUAUGGCCCAUUGCUCACAACACAACGGUCCUUUCGUUGCUCGUCGCUCAAGUUAUUGCACUUGGGGUGUUUGGAAUAAAACAGUCACCAGUUGCAUCAGGGUUUACCUUUCCAUUGCUGAUCUGCACUGUACUAUUUCACCAAUAUUGUAGGCAACGAUUUCUUCCAAUAUUUAAGAACAAUGCAACACAGGUUCUUAUCGACAUGGAUAGGAGAGAUGAGCGUUGUGGGAGAAUGGAACAGAUUUAUGAACAGCUGACUUCAGCGUAUUGCCAGUUUUCUAGUUCUAAUCAAUCCGAAUGUUUCAGCAGUCAAGGGGAAAGAGAAGAUGUUCGAACUCCGCAAGAUAUGGAGAAAGCCAACGAAAUGACAGAAGAUAUAUCAUGGCCACCAGUUAUUCAUAGUUUCGAUAAACCGGUAAAAGGGGGGAAGUAAUUUUAGUUUUUAUACCCGCAGAUGUUGUAAGAAUCGUGGUGUCCCCAAAAAAUGGUGGAGCAUCAUGAAUCAACAAUUUUGAUAACGGAUAAAAUCUGGGUUCCAAUACCUACAUAGAAAACAAGAUUUGGAUUGUCCCUUGAAGUUCACUUGUGCAACAGACACUGUCAAUUCUGACUGAAAAAUACAAAAGCUAUAUUUUGUUUAGUGAUAA